GGUUUAAUCAUCAUGGUCUAGAUGAUUUGUAAACGUGACAAGGAGUUUCAUUCAAGAAAUGAGCCUGCUUUACUUUCCCAGCUGGUUGAUCGUUGCGGCAUUCUUUCUGGUUCCUUGUGUUUCCAAAGGGAUGAUUUUUGAUAUAAGACCAUCAGUGGAAGAGUAUCUUCCAAACUACGAUUUCUACCAUAAUCUUUCCAGGAUGAACCAGUGUCUUCAUCAUGUUUCCUCGAAAUAUUCCGAAAUUUUGGACGUACAGAUGCGUUACCGUUCACGUAUGGGACUUACUCAGUUCGUUGUUCGAGUCUCGAACUUCUCUCUCGACUCUGUUUCUAAGAGCAAGUCAGACAACAGAUCCAGAAUUUUAUUUUCCUAUGGCGAACAUGCCGCCGAAUUCCUCCCCGUUCAAAGUAUGUUCCACUUAAUAGAAAAUAUAACUCAGGGUUAUGACUUACUACGAGAAACUCAUGGAGCAAAGUUUACCCGAUAUUUGCUUAACAAUUUCGAUCUUUUCAUCUUGACCAUCGUGAAUCCAGAUGGUCGUACAAUCGUCGAAAGAACUAGAAACUAUUGUUGGAUGGGUACUGCAAACAACGCUGAUCUGAACACCGAUCUGACAGCGAAUCUUAGACGCACCAGUAAAGGAACAUAUAGAAUUAUAGCGGGUUUGUUUACAGGUUUCUCUUAUUUGUGCUGUUCAGUUGAUUCUUUAUGUGUGUUUGUGUUCUUUAGAACCUAAUCAGGACAUUAAUUUUGAAUGAGAGAAUAAAAUCACAUCAAAAUUAAUUCUCCCCAUGAAAGAGGAUGCAUCUUUUGUUUCCUUUUGUUAUUCAUUUAUUUAAGGUGCCAUCUGAUGUACUGAGCUUGACAAAAUGUGUUUACACUGUACAAAUGAAGAUUUUUUAGACCAAUAUAUCUUUUGUAAUGAGAAAAUUCGGUCAAUGAUGAAUUACCGGUUGAUGUCAAAUUAAUAAUUUAUUUUUGGAAUUUUCUGAUUAACAUAGUUAUGUAAUGCAUGUUGCUAAAAAGCUGUCUUGACUACAUUUGAGGUUGCAAAUCUAAAUAUAAUUUUCAUUCCUCAGCAGAACCAGAAUGUAGAGUUUUCAGAGAGCUGACCUCUAAACACAGUUUUGAUGCUUUCUUCUCAUUCCAUUCAGGAAGUAGACAAAUUCUUUAUCCAUUAUCAGGUAAGUCUUCAACUUAAACAGCAGAUUAGUAACAAAUUUAUUGAAAAUUGCAACUUACUUUUCUCCCUAAGAUUCAGGGUAUAAAUUUUUUUACAUAGGAAGGCAAUUAGCAUAACUUUGUGUGAAUUUUGCACAUGUGUGCAAGGGUUAUACACCCACUGUAUUACUGGUAUCACUUAACCCUCAACCCUUAAGAUCUGAUUGUUAAUUCUCCCCUCUAACAUCUAGUCACAUUUCCUUGUACAGUAGUUAAAAGAAUUUGGUGUCAGGUCAAGAUGGCAACUUGAACCUGAUGAGUUUUAGAAUUCUCAUUACUUACUUUCUGAAUUAUGUAUAGAUAUAUAGGGAGAGGUUACACGUUAGUUGCUUCAGGGAGUUUACAAGUUUAAUUUUAAUUAUUGAAGUAAAUGUAAAUCUAUCUCAACAGAUAAAAAUUCCAAAGGUUCUGGUGUUGAUGUCCUCUACUUGGCAUCUCUCAUGUCCUCCUCUUUGAAGUCUGGCUUCAAGCUUGUUCCUGCAAAUACCUCUUUAUUUGAUGCGGGCAUUUUCACUUAUGCAAACCAAGAGAAGAAGGUGAAAAAUGAGAUAUUUUUUUUAUAUCAACCAUCUCUAUUCUAUAACUUUGAUUUUUUGUUAACAGUUUGAGCAAUAAGAUCAUUUUCUGUGAGUCAGAUUUGUUUGCAAUAUGAGAAAUGUCACAACUCUGUGUGAGAUAUUGAAAGCAUGAGACCUGUGAGAAAAUUUCUCCCUUGGUAAUACAUAGUUUGUGGGUAAUUCUGGAAUAAGAGGAGGGUGGGAGAUCACUAGACAAAAAAUAAAUUUUAGAAAAUAAAAAAUGAUCAUUAGUAAGAAAUGAAGUUGGGAGAUAUAUUUUGUAUUCAGUGCUAUAGAGUUACAAGAAAUAGUGCCAUAUAAAUACAGUAUUAUUGUUAUUAUUAUUAUUAUUUUUUUAUUAUUAAAUAUUUUCUACAUCUGGUUAAGAAAUAGGGAGACCCUGUUUAAAAUGUUUUCUUAUGUUUCUUGUCAGAUUCCAUUUACAUACAAAAUUUCUCUGUGGGGAGGAAAAGAGAUGAAAUCUGAUAUUCCUGACAAAAACUGUUUUAGUACAUUUAAUCCACCUAGUGAGGAUCUAAAGGUUAGUUAUAUAUAUUUUUAGAUUUUGACCUUAAUAGGGAGGAAGUGUGUAUAUAUGAUAUAACUCAGGUUAUAUCUUUGUCUUUCAUGCAGGCUGAGUUAGAGGUUAUUCACCCACUAUAUCCAACCAUCUUUAAUUUUAUACAUAACUGGAAGCAAACACAGAUUUUGAUCAUGGCUCAACAACAGGUUAGUGACAAGAUAAAGAUAUAUGAAAAAGGAAUUUUUUUUCUAACAGGGCAGGUUAAUGAAUUUGGCAAUCUGAUUAAUUCUCGUGUGUGCAUUUUCCUACUUUUAUAUACCAUCAUGAUAAAACUUUGAUUUAAAUCAAACAGCUUUGUUACAUAGUAAUAAAAUGGUUUGAUUUGUUGCAUGGUAAGGAAAAAAAUUGAAAAAGAUCAAGCAAAACUUUUACACUUGUAUCCUGCAGUGGCCUAUGUAAAUGGUUUAUUGUUCUAAACUGUUGAAUAGUUAUUAUUAAUGAUAAUGACAUUAAUUCACUCUUUUCAUUGUGUUCCUUUCUAGCGUUCUAAAACGGGUGGAGUGCCAUUUAGUGUUAGUUUUUUCAUCUUCAUCUUAGGAUGUACUUGUGUUCUUUUGCUUUGUAACAUCCGAGUACCUUUCUCAUGGAAAAUAUACUACAGACGACAAAGACGUAUUGUCAGUUUAAGAUCUUUAGGAACAUUAUUUGCUGUUAUUUGUCCUUUAACAUAAAAGCAGCUGGAUUAAAUGUAUUAGAUUUUAAAUGGUGUAAAAAUAUGUUGGGGUACAAUUUUUUUUAAGUUUAAAAUUUUUUCAAUCAUGAUCUGAAUUAACAAGAAAGAAAAAUUUAACCAGUUUGAAACAAGGAGAAAUUUGAACUGCAAAAAAUAAAUGUUGGGUCAGAAGCAAAUGAUUUUACUACUUAAUAGAUUUAACAUGUACAACUGUUGACAUGGCUAAUGUCUUUGAUGUAAUGAGACAAAAAAAAUUCUGAAAUAUUUAUGUGUACAACUUAAAGAUAAUUAACAGUAAAGGUAAUUUUGUAAAAAGAAUUGAGGAAAGUUUUUCUUGAAAAAAAAUAUAAUUCAUUCAAUAGUUUUAUUAUUAUUUAAUGAGAUAUAUUUUAAUGACAGGGCAAGCUGUGAGAGUUACUUGACCUAAAAUACCAAAAAAAUGACCUGAGGUCCUUGUGCAAACUUGAACUUCUCAAUGCAGAAUAUUUGUUAUGGCUGUCUUUUCUCCCUCUUUUCAUCAAAAUAGAUUUGCAAAAUCCUUUUUAGACUUAAUACUUUCUGCUGACUUGAUAAAAGACUGUACUGUUAAAGCUGAAAUUAAAAAUAUUUUCUAAAUUUUUGUGCAUAUGUACUCUUUGUUUGAGAUGUAUAAAUCAAUAUGCUAAGAUGCACAUUUACUAGAUUCAGGCAUGUUGCUAGGAUUCCUAAGUGAUUCUAGACAAGGACUUAAAGAGGUUAACACUACUUGAGUGUGUAAUUUUUUUUUUUACUGUUGGUACUUAACAGGUCUGAAAUACAAAGUAAACAUCUGUUUUAUGUGCAAAGGUACCAUGAAGCCAAUACCUUGGGAUUAUACAUGAGAUGUGUGGAUAAUUCUGUAAAUUUUGAAGUCCUAUGUAAUUUGUGUAAUAAGCUCAAAUUAUGUUAUAUUUAAUGUUAAUUUUCUGCCAUGAGAAUCAGGGAUCAGAAAAUAAAUAUUUUUUUAAAGAUAAAUUCAUUUCAGUUUGGACUGUAUAAUGAGUUGAAAGGUAUAUAAUGUCAUAACACUGGAAGAAUCCCUGCUGUAAUAAUUUCUUAAUUCUCUGGUUGAAUUUAUUGGAAGUAAAAUAUUCAUUUUAAAACUCAGUCUUACGCUCAUGACGCUUAAUAGGCCAUUUUACAGUUGUGUACUUAGUUACCAAGGCUUUGAUUUGGAGUGAGGCUGAAGGUGACCAUGUUGUG